AUGGCAGAGACUCUCUCACUAAGUCUACACAUUUUCAUCUCGCAAAUUGCACCGCCGGGAGCAAAGGAUGCGGGGUCACCCGAUUGUCUAAACCCGCAGACAAUACAACGACUCGGACAGCUCCUGCAGCUCAGCCGCGCAACGGAUACUGAAGCGACACGGCUUCUUCAGCUCGGGUUCGCGCCGUUCCAAGGGGAUCGCGAGAGCGUGGCAACCCUGCGAAAGGGCAUGAAGGAGGGCUUAGUCCUGAGCAGUGUCCGUGCGAGUCCCGGGGUGCAGAAAGCUGUGAAGGAAGUAGUUGAGCGUAAGAAGCUAGAGAGAAAGGAUAAUUGA